UUGCAACACGUGGCUUUAUUACCAGGAAUUGAGCGCUCGGUGAUUAUAGGAAUCUUCUGCGAGCAGCCCCAACGUCUCUUCUUUAUUGCCGUCAAUCGUUUGGAAGAUGUGCAAGCGAUCAGAACUGCUGCUUUUCAUCCGAGUGGCAGGUUCUAUGCGGUUGGAACCAAUUCGAGGCAACUGCAUAUCUGCCGUUAUCCAGUAUUUCACUGCGUCUUACACCGCCCUCUUGCUGCGAAAUCACAAAUGGUGCUUUCGCGGCCAAAGCAACAUCGUGGCUCCGUUUAUUGCACCUCGUUUAAUCCAACCGGUGAACUGUUGGCAACGGGCAGUAACGACAAGACCAUACGACUAAUGCAUUUUCACGCAGAAAAUUGCAACAUUGAUGUUGAACAUGAACUGGCUAUUCACGACGGUACAGUUCGUGAUCUGAUAUUUAUGGAGGACACAAGUAAUCACACCAGCUUUGGGACGAGCAUCCGCGAACUCACUGGCCACACCGCACCGGUGCUCGGUCUGUACACUUGGGGCGGAUGCAUAUUCGUCAGCUGUUCCCAGGAUAAAACCAUUCGCUUCUGGGACCUGCGUUGUGACCAGGCUGUGAACAUGAUUGCGCCUGGAAGCAAAUCGUGCAGUAAGUAA